AUGCUGCCUAACUGCGAGGAAAAGCAAGACUUCAACCAAUCAUCCGACCAAGUAAGGUGCAGCCAACUCAAGAAUCAUCUCCGAUCACUAAUAGAGUUGCACAACGGGUCCACCAAAUCACCAGACGUUGUCGAAGCAAUCCAACACCUAUCAGUAUUCUGCCCAUACGAAGAACAUAGUCCCGAAUGGAUUCAUCUCUUCAUGGGAGAGUUCCUUGUACAAACGUCGCCAAACUUUCCUGGAAGACUCCCGCCGAAACGAGAAGGAGACAAACAAGCCCAGUACACGCUUGGUAAGCUCUCUUUCAAUACUUUCCACCCAAAGGAUUUGGUUUGUACUUUACGAGGUGUAAGGAACGUAGUAGCUCCAAAAUCGGAUGGCACAUUCACGUACGAUCUGAUUUGUGAUACCAUCGUUCACCUUCCUGAAGGAGAUGUUGAAGCUGAGAUUCUAAACGAAUCAUUUUGCUGCAAGGAUGAUGAGUCUGGCCGAGUAACUGUAUUUUUCACGGGAUCAACGCUGUCGCCGUCUAGCACUGUUUUGGCAGAUGCCAGCAAGAUGUCAUUGUGGUCAAAGACUUUCAAUGAAUCCACGCUGAAAACGGCAGCUGCCGAGAGGACGUACUUUGGAUGGUUGAUGGAUAAAGCUUUAAAGAGGAUGCUGGGCAUGAGUGUGCGAAUGGAAAAGCGACAUAGCUUUCGCUUGGAGUUCAACAAGGCAUUUCGUGGACACAUAGACGUGCUAUAUCUCGACGAGGAAAUGCGUAUCACGAAGGGAAAUCGAGGUACAAUUGUCAUAAUGGAACGAAUAUGCAGCCACGAAUUCGGCUUGAUUUGA